UGCAGUCUGGAGCGGAUUUCGGAGGCACUGAAGCUGCUGCUGAGCCCGGGAGGAUCGGGCUCAAGUUCGCUACAGAUCACAAAACAUGAUGUCUUGUUGGCUACCUUAAAAUCUAACCUGUCUGCUUUGGAGGACAAGUUUCUGAAGGAUCCUCAUUGGAAAAAAUUGCAACUUUUGAGAGAUGAAAUUGCAAAUAGGGUAGAAUGUCCACAAAACUCUGUGGACAUCACCUGGAGUUUUACCUAUCAAACCUUAUUGCUGCUUUUGUGCCUAAAGGAAACCAUGUUCCACCUUGCAGCUGAUUUCAAUCCAGGAAAACCCAACCCUAGGACUCCAGAAGUUGCUCCUGCUCUGAGCCCUGAUACACUUAGUAUCUCACAGCAGAAGACUGUCCAGUCAGUUUUGCAAUUUGUAGUUACCUUAGGUAUCUGCCCCUAUCUCAUGCCUGGUGUUGGAGUCCCUUUGAGAUACAGAACUGAUUUUGUUGCUGUUGUUCAAGACGUCGUAUGUCUCGAUGCUGUCCCCAGUCCAACCCGGAGACUGUAUACCAGCUGUAGGCUCCUCCUAAAUGUUGCUCAGCAUGCAUCUCUUGGGAACUUGAUUUUCUGCCGCCAUUUUGGGGAUAUUGCAGCAGGACUGUGCCAACUGGGAUUCUCCCCAAGCAAAAGUAAACCACUAAAGCCUAUGGAAGAGGUUUUAAAUGAAGAGGAAAGAGCCCUGUCUAGGGGGGCCUUGAGAGACAUCUUGGAUCAAGUGUAUCAGCCAUUAGCAGUCCGGGAAUUACUUAUCCUCCAGGGAGGACCACCCCAGCCCUGCACAGGUGGGAAGACACAGUUUGGGUCUCGGUCCCCAGCUUGGCUUCGGCGUCUAUGUGGGCAGCUGCUUUCUGAGAGGUUAAUGAGACCCAAUGGUGUUCAGGCGGUAGUGAGGGGCAUUUUGGAAGGAGCAGGGGUUGGGGCAGCUGGUGGGAGUGAUGCUGAGGUGACAGCUGCUGACUGGAAGAAGUGUGACUUGAUUGCAAAGAUUUUGGCCUCUUGUCCCCAGCAGUCUCUUUCACCAGAGAGUUACUAUAAGGAUAUCUGCCCCCAGAUUCUGGAUUUAUUUCACUUUCAAGAUAAAUUGACAGCACGACAAUUUCAGAGAGUUGCCACCACUACCUUUAUCACUAUGUCAAGGGAACACCCACAAUUGGCAUCAAAGUAUUUACUUCAACCAGUGUUAGCUCCUCUUCAUCGAUGUUUGAAUACAGCAGAGAUUCCAGAGUGUGACAUCAUUCCAGGGACUAUUUUGGUGACAGAAGAAGAGCUUAAUAGAUGUAUUGAGGAUAUAUUCAAGGUGUAUGUGGUUGGAAAUGAACCUUUGACAGUUUUGGUGGAUUCCCUACUUCCAGUCCUGGGAGUACUCUUCUCUCUCUACUGUUUUACCAAGCAGAGUGUAUCUCACAUAAGGUCACUUUGCCAAGAGAUCCUAUUAUGGAUUCUGAGGAAGCUGGAAAGGAAUAGGGCAAUUUCCAGCCUGAAAGGAUUUACACGGUUGGACAAAUCUAUGCCCUCGCUCCAUUCUCUGUGUCAGUUUAGAACUGCCACUCAAGGUGGCAUUAUGAUCACCAUCCAAGAAGCCAUUAGGUGAGUCCAUCCUUCUUCACUUCAGAUUUAAUUCUACCCAAAGACCAUUUCGUGACUCGACCACUAAGGGGCGCUGACAGAAAGGAAACCAGAAACUUUCUUGGGGUGGAGAUACUUGUUAUUUUCUCUGACUGAGUUGACUCAAGUGGCCAUGGAAAAUGAAGCAGAUUUCAAAACUAAGCUUUUCUCCAGCAAAAGCCUCUUGGAAUUAGAGCAGCAGCAAACUCUUGUGGAAGUCCAGGAGCGGACGCUGUUGAUCCUGCAGCUGAUGGUAGUUCUAUGCGAGAGAAUGUCGGAGCAGAUAUUCACAAACAUCAAUCAGGUGGUGGACUUUGUAGCAGCAACUCUGCAGAGAGCAUGUGCAAGUGUGGCCCAUCAGGCAGAGAGCACUGUGGAAUCGCAGACGCUGAGCAUGUGUAUGGGGCUGGUAGCUGUCAUGCUGGGAGGAGCGGUUCAGUUGAAGUCAAGUGAUUUUGCUGUGCUGAAACAAUUACUGCCUCUUUUGGAAAAUGUCUCCAACACCUACCCUGACCCUGUCAUCCAAGAACUCGCUGUUGAUCUCCGCAUCACCAUUGCUACCCAUGGAGCCUUUUCUACCGAGGCCAUCAGUAUGGCUGCCCAAAGUACCUUGAACAAAAAAGAUCCAGAAGGGAAAAUAGAAGAAGAACAACAAGCCAAUUGUGAAAGACCCACUGAUGUAGCUAAUAGCCACCUCAAACAACAGCAAAACAAUGAGAAAUCCAACUACCAGACAAGCCUAAAGUCUAAUACCGUUCUGCAUACUCCUGAGGAGGUACAUGAAUCCAGCACCACUGUAAGCCAGACAUCUGGAAGCAUAACCACAGAAGAGCUCCAGGAGGUUCUUUUGUCAGCUUAUGAUCCUCAGAUCCCUACGCGAGCUGCUGCUCUGAGAACUCUUUCUCACUGGAUAGAGCAGAGAGAAGCAAAAGCCAUUGAGAUGCAAGAGAAGCUUCUCAAGAUAUUCUUGGAGAACUUGGAGCAUGAAGACACCUUUGUAUAUCUGUCUGCUAUUCAGGGGGUUGCCCUCCUAUCAGAUGCAUACCCUGAGAAAAUCUUGCUUGGCCUUUUGGCUCAGUAUGACAGCAGUAAAGAUAAGUACACGCCAGAGACCAGAAUGAAAGUCGGAGAGGUUCUGAUGCGAGUUGUCAGAGCAUUGGGAGACAUGGUCUCAAAGUACCGAGAACCUCUGCUACAUACCUUCCUGAGAGGCGUGAGAGAUCCAGAUAGUGCUCACAGGGCCAGCAGCUUAUCCAACCUUGGAGAACUGUGCCAGAGGCUGGACUUCCUGCUGGGCCCCAUAGUUCAUGAGGUAACAACUUGCCUGAUUGCUGUGGCUAAAACAGAUCAUGAAGUUCAAGUGCGCAGAGCUGCCAUCCAUGUGAUUGUGCUGCUGCUUCGGGGACUUAGCCAGAAAGCUACUGAGGUGCUGAGGGAUGUCCUCAAGGAUCUCUACCACCUGCUGAAGCACGUGGUACGUUUGGAGCCUGAUGACGUGGCCAGACUCCAUGCCCAACUGGCCCUGGAGGAGUUGGAUGAAAUAAUGAGAAACUUCCUGUUCCCAGCACGGAAGCUGGAGAAAAAGAUCGUGGUCCUGCCAUAA